ACCGCUUGGAAGGAAUGAGCGAGCCAACGGGCGACGACGUCGUAGUCCCCGAAGUUGCCCCAACCGCUGCGAGCCUUGUCCUCGUGCGCGCGCACCUCGACCGUUGGAACAUCUCGUACAGCGCGUCGCUCUCGCUCGAUCCGCGCUUCAAGAACAUUGUCCACGCGGUGCUCGGAAAACCCACGCCGUCCACGCCGUGCCCGCUCGCCGUUGUCCAUAUCAAAUUUGCCCUCACCGACGACCUCCGCGACGUUGCGAGCUACGAGAUUGAAGGCGAGCGCCAUAUCUACAAGCUCAAGGACCACAUCCAGUUCGACGAACGCAUCUUGGACCGCAUACGUCGCCGCAAGAUUGCCAUGAAGCAAGCCAACCUCGUCGACGUGAGCGACGAGUACACCAACGCGCGCGUCGCGCCGCCCAAGUACGACGACGACGCCAAGCCCGUCAGCGACGACCACAAGGCCGAUGACGACAAGACCAAAGACGACGACGACGCGCUCGGCAGUAUGGAAGACAUGGACGCAGUCGAAGCGCGCUUGCGCAAGCUCUUCCGCGAAGGCGACAUCAACAACGACGGCCACCUCACGUACCUCGAGUUUCGCACGAUCCUCAAGAAGAUCCAGCGCAACAUGCGGAAGGAAGAAGUCGACUUGCUCUUCACGCAAGCCGACGUCGACGGCAACUGCCGCAUCGUGUACGACGAGUUCAUUUCGUUCGCGAUGGACGUGCUCCGGCGUCUCAGCGCAGGGCGCAAGUACCAGCACCGGUUUGAGGAUCUCAAGGACGAUUACAAGGCGCUGCUCUCGGAAGAGCUCGAGCCGACUGUCAAGGCCCUUCGUCAAGCGUUUGACGCGGCCGACUACGUCCCCCCCAACGCGAUGGGUCGCACUCGGGACUUCAGACUCACGUACGACCUCUUCUUCAAGUGCCUCUCGAGCCCGCUCGCCAACCUCAGCCGCGAAGAGAUCAACAUGAUCAUGGCGCUUUCGCCCAUGGACGACGACGGCAAGUUCGAGUACGCGGGCUUUGAAAAGGUCCUCUACGAGGCCAUGUACCGCGUCUCACAAGGCCAGAGUCUCGCGCUUGCGACCGACAUUGCAGCCUACUUGCGCGGCCAGUUUGACCACGCCCACGAGAUCUGGGCAUCGUCGCUUGACGAAGAGGCGCCGGCCGGACGCCUGCCCCGGCGCGUGCUCUUUGAGAGCCUCCAUGGGCUCAAACGGCUCAUGCUGAACCGCAUUCAAUGCAUCGUCGUGAUUGGCCUCGCUGCCCAAGACGAAGUUGACGGCCUCGUCGACUACGAGGCAUUUGCAACCCGAGCCGGGCCCAAGAUCCGCGAGCUCAUCCAUCCCAACCACGUCUCGCGGCGGCUCCGCAUGGCGAGGACGGACGAAGCGACGAUCGCGGCCAUCUUCUCGGGCGUCGACGACCAAGCAGGGCUCGAGAGCGUCCUUGUGCGUGCGUUUCAGCGCGAAGACAGCGACCACGACGGCGUCUUGCGCCUCGACGAGUUCCGCGCGGCGAUGGAGCACACGACGUUGGAUCUGAGCAGCGAGCAAGUCGUGUCCAUGAUGGCGGCCGCCGACGAGAAUGGCGACGGCUGCGUCGACUAUGCCGAGUUUGUGCAGUUUGCGGUCGUCAAUUUGGUCCAGCUCAAGAAGGAAGCGCGGCUCCUACAGAUCAGCGAAGAAGAAGAAGAUGACGCAGAGGAGGACAACGACGCCAAGAGCGACGCCAAGUAAGCACAACGACAGAUGCGACUUGGAAUUGCA